CAAACUCAAUUACACAUCAAGAGUCCAAGCACCUCAUAUUCAACCAGCUCUCUCUGCUCCUCUCCACCCCCGUUCUUGCCCAGGUACACACGCAAUGGCCGAACUACUCGGGAGCAUAAGCUACCCGCCGUCGCUAGACGAGUCCUCGACGCUCACGACCACGCUGCGGGACUGGGCGCUCUCGCACGGGCUGGUGAUUCGCGCGCCGAUAAAGGAAGAGGACGCGGAUGAGCGGGCGACGCAUGUGCCGUUGACGCUGUUCCCGUCGCCGUUUCCGAAGAAACUGUUUGAGGAGGCGAGAGGGUUGCAGACUGCGUUUAACGAGCUGUAUGUCAAUGUCGCUAAUGACUCGGAGUUUUUGAAUGAGAUUACGAAAGGACUUGCGGGUGUGGACGACUUUAUGUCUGAUCUCUGGAAGCUUCAUCUCGAGGUCGAAAAGGAGACGGGCGGGAAACCCACGCAACCACUGACCCUCGGCGUCUUCCGCUCUGACUACCUUCUCCACACCUCACCCUCGUCCGAGCCCGAGAUCAGACAGGUCGAGCUCAACACCAUCUCUGCCUCGUUCGGCGGCCUGUCCUCGCUUGCCGCUGAUGCGCACAGGUUUCUGCUCAAGGCGGAUGAGUACCCCACCAGCCAGCUGGAGAUGAGCAACGAGACCAUGCCUGAGAACCCGUCUGCGAAGGGACUUGCUGCCGGUCUUGCGACGGCACAUAACGCAUACGGCGUUCCCAGUGCGGUCGUACUCUUUGUAAUCCAGCCAGGCGAGCGCAACGCGUUCGACCAGCGCUGGCUGGAGUACUACCUUCUCGAGACCCACGGCGUGCGCGUGCUCCGCGCUUCGAUGCAGGAGAUUGCUGCCGACGGCAAGUUAGACGCGACCACCAAGAAAUUCAGCAUAUACGGCAAGGAAAUCAGCGUGGUAUACUACCGCUCGGCGUACACGCCCGCAGAUUACCCUACCCCGGAGACAUGGCAGGCCAGAAAGCAGAUGGAGCUCUCGACCGCAAUCAAAUGUCCUUCGCUCGCGACGCAGUUCGCGGGGGCGAAGAAGGUGCAGCAGGUUCUUGUUGAUUCCAAGGUGCUUGAGAAGUUUUGUCCUGACACUGCUGUGCGUGCGCGGAUCGCAGCCACGUUUGCAGAGAUCCUCCCGCUGGACGCAGACUCGGCGCUGGGAAAACGUGCGCGGGAGUUGAUCGCCACAAAGCCAGAGAAAUACGUGCUCAAGCCGCAGCGUGAAGGAGGCGGGAAUAACGUCUACCGUGAGAAGAUCCCCGGGUUCCUCAAAUCUCUCCCCGACGAGUCGUUCUGGAACGGGUACAUCCUCAUGGAACUGAUCGAGCCCCCGACGGACGUGAAGAAUUCAAUCAUCCGGAACGGCAAGGUGACCACCGGCAACGUGAUUUCCGAACUGGGAGUCUUUGGCACGGCGCUGUGGAACACGGUCUCCGGUGAAAUCUUGGACAAUUCAGAGGCGGGAUGGUUGCUACGGACCAAGUUUGCAGAGUCGGAAGAGGGCGGUGUCGCGGCUGGAUUUGGAAGCAUCGAUAGUGUGCUGCUGAUAUAGAAUCUAGAACAGAACAAAAUAAUCUAAUGCAAAAGCAUACUUUAGUCUGUUUGAGUCUGCUUAGAACUAAUGAAAUGCACGCUGCUUUGAACGUGGCAGUUUACAUAUUA